AUGCCUUCUCUUCGUCUCGGAAACAUUGCCCCCGACUUUGAGGCUCAGACCACUGCUGGACCUAUUAAAUUCCACGAUUGGAUUGGCGACUCAUGGGCUAUUCUCUUCUCUCAUCCUGGAGAUUUCACCCCAGUUUGCACCACUGAACUCGGAGAGGUCGCCCGUCGUGCCCCUGACUUUGAGAAGCGCAAUGUUAAGGUCAUCGGAAUUUCCGCCAACGGUCUCGAGGAGCAUGAACGAUGGGUGAAGGACAUUAAUGCCUACGGGGCUAAAGUCGCACCCACAGACGUCCAAUUCCCCAUCAUUGCCGACCCCGACCGGAAAAUCUCCACUUUGUACGACAUGCUGGACGAGCAGGACGCGACGAACCGGGACGCGAAAGGUCUCCCUUUCACGAUUCGCACUGUCUUCGUGAUCGACCCGAAAAAGACCAUCCGUCUUACUCUUGCCUAUCCCGCGUCGACUGGACGCAACUUCGAUGAAAUUAUUCGUGUCGUUGAUUCCCUUCAAAUCGGUGACAAGAACCGUGUCACUACACCCGUCAACUGGAAGAAGGGUGACGAUGUCAUCGUUCACCCUGGCGUCACCAACGAUGAGGCGAAGACUCUGUUCCCCAACUUCACUCAGCAUCUUCCCUACUUGAGAACUACGCCGCUGAAGGCCGAAUAA